CCCUUAUGCAUUCUUUCACGCAAAUUUCAUUCCUCUUCCAACAUAAACAACGCUCCACAAGAACCUUCCAUCAUCAUUCCUUUUUCCCACUUACGAAUAUGCUGAGUCAUAUCCACCUAAAGCACUGGCUUUUAUAAAGAGAGAUCUCUUUGGUUUCACCCGUUUGCGUUUGGCUUAGCCAACAUGGAGAGAUUGUUCAGGAUGUUCGCAGCCACGACUUUUUCGUCUUUCAGCUUGUUAAGAGGCGUCGUUCGAUCUCCUGUGUCUGUUAUUGCGAAUCGACUUAGCCAACACCGUGGCGAUGCACGAUGGAUGUUCGAGCCCGGCUCCUCGACGGAUUACCGGGGGUUGCAGCAGAUUUCCCGAGCUUACCGCAAAGGAAUGGACGGACCCGAUUCCAGUAUUGUGGAAAGGAACGCAAGUAGAGAGAUCCCAAAGCCACUGCCAAAUCCUCCGAAGCCAUCAUGGUUCCCACCAUGGGUCAGAUGGGUCAUGGGCUCUAUGUUGUCUCUCCUGAUACCCUAUUGGAAGCUCAAAUGGGACAAGCUGCAACAAAUAGAAGGGGAGGCUGAAGAGGUGAUAGAAGAUGCCGAGAUUGUGGCCGAGGUGGUAGAGCAGGUGGCGACCGUGGCCGAAAAGGUGUCAGCCCAAGUAGCCGAUAAGCUCCCCGAUGACAGCAAACUCAAGGAAGCUGCAUUGUUCGUAGAACACGUAUCAGAAGCUACUGCUCAUGACGCUCAUUUGACCGAGAACUUCAUUCAUAAGGUCGAUGAACUGAAACAAGAGGUGGAGACGGUGAUUGGAGCCAGCAUCCAGACGAUCAUCGAGCAACCGCCUGAAGAAAAAUAAACUUUACCAUUUUCAGCCAUCCGACCUCCAAAACAGCUCCUUCCAGAGAAAGGAAUAGAGAGAAAUGUGUACAUACCAUUGAUAAAAAGGCCGUAAAUAAAUGAAGCGUUCGCCGCAGUGAUGUAAUUGUAUAUCAGCACAUGACAUUAAUUCCGAUUUCUGGGAAGGCAAAGUCUCUAAAUCCUUUCCUUUUUCCCCGUUCACUUACCGUUCAAGUUCGAUGCCUUGUUCUUUAUACUCAAGUCAGAUUUGGUUCUCCUCUUGAGGGUUUAGUUUACGCUUGCAAUGC